GGGUCAAAAAUACACAGGAGCUGCAAAUCAGAAACUCAGCAGACCUGCGCAACUUUCUAACAAGCAGUUUUUUUUUACUACUUUGACUUGAGUCUGGUCGCUGCAAAGAUGACCACAGCCGUGGUAUCGCCUUUCUUCGACUUCGAAGUAAUGAACAAGAACAACAAACUGCUCAGCUACAACAAUAACCUGGGUGCCCCCCAUCCCAUGUCUGUCCCUUGCACUGGCACCAAUAUGCCCAUCUCCAGCCCCACCGGAGCCCUGCUGGACAGGAAAGCGGUGGGAUCUCCCUCGGUGGGAGGUGUGUACCAGCGGCGGCACUCGGUCAGCAGCACAAAGUUCAGUCAGAACCAGUUUCUGAACAGCCUGAAGGCAGCGGACCACUCCUCACUCAUCUCAGGGGUUGGCAAUGCCAGCAACAACAAGGAGAACCGCCUGCGAGACCGCUCCUUCUCUGAGACAGGUGAGAGGCUCAUCAACAAGUGCCUUGGCCCAGCCAGUCCCACCAGCGGCAGUAGCCAAGUGAACUCCAGCCGAUACAAGACGGAGCUUUGCAGGCCCUUUGAGGAGAAUGGUUCCUGCAAAUAUGGCGACAAAUGCCAGUUUGCUCAUGGAAUCCAUGAACUGCGCAGCCUGAGCCGCCAUCCCAAAUACAAAACUGAGCUGUGCCGCACCUUCCACACCAUCGGUUUCUGCCCCUAUGGGCCACGCUGCCAUUUCAUCCACAAUGCUGAGGAGCGCCGUGGACCUCCCCAGCAGUCCUCCCCUCUAAACCCUUCCAACAAGAUGGAAAGGCCUCGACUGCAGCACAGCUACAGCUUCGCAGGCUUCUCCAGCUCAGCUGGGCUGAGAGACAGCCCCACCUCGGUCACCCCUCCACCCAUGUUCUUCCCUGAUGAAGGCGCCGACUGGCCCAGCAGUAACCCCUUCACCUACUCCAGCCAGGAGCUGGCCAACCUGUUUGGGCCCAGCCUCAGUACUGGUCCUGUAGGCACAGAGCCCAACACCCCUGCACCUCCCUCUCCAACAAGCACACCUUACUAUUUCAGACCCAUGUUGGAGUCCCCUCAGAUGUUCGAGUCUCCAUCCAGCCCUCCUGACUCUCUGUCAGACCAAGAGGGCUACCAGAGCAGCUCUGGAGGCAGCCUGAGUGGCUCCGAGUCCCCCACGCUGGACACCACCCGCCGCCUUCCCAUCUUCAGCCGCCUCUCCAUCUCUGAUGACUAAACUGCAUGCACCCACCAAUGACUUUAAGUUUGAUGACACAAAGAGAACACGGCACUCCCCUCUACCUCUGCCCCUUUCCUUAGCCUCCCUGUCUUCCCUUACACAACACACCGUGUUAGUUUCUUGUUAGCAUUAUAAGGAUGUAGUCAAUUAAGGGAACUAAAAUUAUCAUUUCAUCCCGGUUAAUCCACACAGCAAGUUUUAAAAAGUAACCUGCCAUGUGUCAUAGUGCCAAAAAGGAGAGGAAAUUGAACAAUGAAAAUCAUGAGAACAAGAAAUGACUGUUUUGCCAGGUGCCACUUUUUUUUUUUUUUUUUUUUGUUUUUUUUUUUUUUUUUUUCAUUUGUUCUUGAAUGUGUAGCAGCACAAGUGGCCUUGGAAAGGGGAGUGCAUUGCACUAGCCCCCAGCCCCCCUCCCUGCCUCUCCCCUCCCUGACGAUACCACUUCCCCCGAGCUAGCUAGAGGGUGCUCACUAACGUAACUGUAGAUCUACCGCAGCCGUUUUUACAGACUGAGUUGAGACAAAAGGAAAAAAAAAAAAAAUAACAGACCCUGAAAAGAUAUGAAUAGUUUUUAAAAAGAAAAAAAGAUAAAAGUGCCUGGGGCGGUUUCUGCAUGUGUUUAGGGUGAAUGGACUACUGUUUGUUUUUGGUUCUUUCGCAUUUGCCCCCCCUCCACCCCCCCUGUCACGGUUCUUCUCAAGCCCCGUCUUAUGUAAUUGUGGACUGGGUGAGUCUGCAGGAAGGACUUUGAACUGGAAGUUGGUUAUGUC